UUCACCAGUGGUUCUAGGUCAACACAAAGAGGGGGAAAAAAAAAAGAGACAAAAGCAUAACAAUGGCCGGGUUUAGAAUCUUGUUUGUCUUCUCGUUGUACUUUUUUGCAGCAUAUGCCAGUGUCGAUGUCGAUGACCAUGAUGAAUACUGGCUCACUCGUGCUAAUGAGGCUAAGGAAGUAGCCAAAGAUGCCUACAAUCCUAACCCAGAAAGUGUCACCGAGCAUUUGAACGUCGCCGUCCGUCUGGCGAUGGUGGGUGACAAUAGUACAAGAAGGAGUCUCAAUAAAUAUAAAGGACCAUGUUUGAAGACAAACCCGAUCGAUAGAUGCUGGAGAUGCGAUAAAAAUUGGGCUAACAAUCGAAAGAAGCUAGCUGAGUGCCCGUUAGGGUUUGGCCACCAAACCAUCGGUGGAAAGAGGGGACGCAUCUAUGUGGUGACCGACGCAUCUGAUGAUAACUUGGUUGACCCUAAGCUCGGAACCCUCCGCUAUGGCGUGAUUCAAAAAGGUCCACUUUGGAUCAUUUUUGGACGUAGCAUGGUCAUCCGGCUAGCCCAAGAGCUGAUGAUCUCGAGCGACAAGACCAUCGAUGCUCGUGGCUUUAAUGUUCACAUUGCCUAUGGCGCUGGCCUCACCAUUCAAUUCGCCCACAAUGUUAUCAUCCAUGGCCUUCACAUCCAUAAUAUCAUCUCCAAAUCAGGUGGCUAUAUUAGAGAUUCCGUUGAUCAUUAUGGAUUUCGAACACAAAGCGAUGGCGAUGGUAUCUCCAUCUUCGGCUCUUCUCAUGUAUGGAUCGACCAUGUUUCCAUGUAUGCAUGCCAAGAUGGCCUCAUCGAUGCCAUCAUGGGUUCCACCGGCAUCACCAUUUCCAAUAGUCAUUUCACUCAUCACAACGAGGCGAUGUUAUUUGGAGCAAGCGAUAGCUACAAAGAGGACGAGAUCAUGCAAAUAACGCUCGCAUUCAACCACUUUGGGAGGGGAUUGGUGCAAAGAAUGCCAAGGUGUAGAUUUGGGUUCUUCCAUGUGGUAAACAAUGACUACACCCAUUGGCUAAUGUAUGCCAUCGGAGGUAGCCAGCAUCCAACCAUUGUGAGCCAAGGCAACCGAUUCAUUGCGCCACAGAACAUCAAUGCAAAAACGAUAACAAAGAGAGAGUAUGCAGAUGAGAGUGAGUGGAAGAAGUGGUCGUGGAGAUCGGAAGGGGAUUUGUUGAUGAAUGGUGCGGUGUUUGUUGGGUCGGGAGACCAAACCAAAGGGAAGAAGAAGGACUUGUCUAGAUAUGACAUGAUUUCGUACAAGCCAGGGUCUUAUGUGAAGAGACUUGUACGCUUCGCUGGAACACUUGAAUGUCGUGUAGGCAAACCAUGCUAGCUUUUUUUCUCCUUAUACCAUUUUUUUUCUCUCUUUUUUAUGUUUUUGUUCUUGUCGAUCUUCCUUUAGAAAUAAU